ACAAAUCAACCCGAGCCGGCAGCGUUCCGGCUCCCGCGGCUGGAAGGCGCGCGGUGCGGCUGCCCGGUGGCCCCCGGCUUCCGCGUCUCAGGCCCGGCCCGGCCCCGGCCUCCGCCCCGCUCUCGCCCCAGCCGCGGCCCGCCGAGCCCGCGGGCAACCGAGCCGCCAGCGACGCCCGCACAGCCGCAGGGGCCCGGACGGGGGGCCAUGCCGUGCCGGAGGGAGGAGGAGGAGGAAGCCGGCGACGAGGCGGAGGGGGAGGACGACGACGACAGCUUCCUCCUGCUGCAACAGUCGGUGACUCUGGGCGGCUCUGCCGACGUGGACCGGCUCAUCGCCCAGAUCGGCGAGACGCUGCAGCUGGACGCGGCGCACGACGGCCCGGCCUCGCCGUGUGCUGCCCCGGGACCCCCGCCCCCGCGGGUCGUGGCUGCGCUGCCGGCGGAUAAGGCCCGGACCCCGGCGAGGCGGCUGCUGCGGCCGGACGCGCCUGCGGAGGCCGGGAACCCGGCGCCCCCGGGAGCCGUGCGCUGCGUGCUGGGGGAGCGCGGGCGCGUGCGGGGCCGGGCGGCUCCCUACUGCGUGGCGGAGCUCCCAGCGGGCGCUAGCGUGCUGUGCCCUCAGCCCUCGCAGCCUGGCCUUGAGGGACCCCCGGUGACCGGCAAGCCGAGCAUCCCGCAGCCUCUCUCCGGCCCGUUCCGGCGCGGUUGGCUCCGGAGCGCAGCCGCGUCUCGCCGCCUGCAACAGCGACGCGGAUCUCAGCCCGAGACCCGCACCGGCGACGACGACCCGCACCGGCUCCUGCAGCAGCUCGUGCUUUCGGGAAACCUCAUCAAGGAGGCGGUGCGGCGGCUACAUUCGCGACGGCUACAGCUACACGCAAAGCUUCCCGCACACCCGUUCCUCGGGCCUCUGUCGGCCCCGGUGCACGAGCCGCCUUCGCCCCGGAGCCCUCGAGCGGCCUGCAGCGACCCUGGCGCUUGCGCGAGGAGGGCGCGGCUCAGAACUGGGGACGACUUUCUUGUUCCUGGCAGCUAACAACCAGUGAGGCUACUGCACCAGCCUGUACCUGGGAACCAAAAGAUUUACCCAGGACUGCACCGGGUUGGUGGAGGACUCUUGCCUUUGAAAAUGGGAUAAUAAGCUAAGGAAUACAGCAGAAAAAUCGCAAAUAUUUUCAUGGGGUAACUGGGGUUGAGAGCCCCAAACUGUUUGAAAUCCAGGACUUAGGCUUGUUUAAAGCCGAUUUUAUAGAGUGCACCGCACCGCAGGCUGUCUGCAGGACUCCUUUUUUUUUUUUUUUUUUUUUUUUUGCCGUAAUUCAACCUGGUCGCUGCAGUUCCGCGCAGACUCUGCUGUGGCAAUCCGGCGACCACGUGGCCAUGGUGCAUGCUCUCAGGAUCAGCCAGCCAUGGAACGAAGGACGAUGAUCACAGUUACUUUCUUGAUCCACUUUGGGGGGCAAGAAUGGAUGUUAUUUCGGGGAGCACACCAAAAUACUACACUUGAACAUUUUAUGGCAGUUAAAAGACCGUCUCGUGUCAUUGCGGUGCUGGUUUUAAUGUAAAACAUGCGGUACCACAAAAGGACCCUCUUGAGGCUAAAUAGAAGUAACAUUUUUCCCCCUGUCUGUACCCUUUUUUUGCAACUGGUUGCUGUUACCGGAGUGCUGAGGGAAUGUUGUACCACAGAUGGGGGUGGGAGGCGGUAUUGGGCGAUGGGGAGAGUAUGGCAAAGCACAGAUUGAACUCUCCCGCCUUCCUAAAGUGUUUUUAAAGGCGACCGGUUCUUGCUUGGGUUCAAGGCCACUGUUUCCAGAGUGUGCACCGUGUUAUGGCUCACCGGCACAUAGCCUUGCUGGGAGAAGAGCACACUGUUUUGUAAAUGCUAGAGUCCCCUAAGGACACGCGCAAGUGCUGCCUCCCGGAGAAGAGGGGGAGGGGGCGGCUUGGUGCUGGGUGUCUGUGCUUUCCGCCUGGGGCCACCGCCCCUGCCCGUUCUCUCGGCUUGCACAGAAACUGCCUGGAGACAGUAGCCCCAAGUACCACCUUUCCCCCUGCUGCCCUACUCAAGCAGAUCCUGGGGGGCUGGGGAGUGCCCCUUAGAUCCUAGGGGCCAGGGAGAGGGGCUGGGGAGGCCCCACAAGGGGCACUCCCGGGACACAGUCUCACACAGCCGCUUAUAAUGGGCUCUCGGGGCCAUUUGUAAUAACAGCUGCAAUUCCCUGGAUAGAGGGAGUUGAUUUCCUCCUUCUGACCCUCCCCCAGCUGUGCCAGCUCGCCUUUGUAAGUGAAGGAAACCGAGUAGAAAAUGUGACCCUCCAAAUGGAAAAGCUGCGGGCUUUUUGCUGUUGUGACUGUGAUGUGCUUGGAAACACUGUUCACUCUGAGCGACCGUUUCGUUUAGUUUUAUGGAGUCAAUGGCUUGUUCAGCUUCCAGAUGUGGCUAUUGACAAAUCUACACUUCGCACCGAAGUGACUGGAACUGUGGCUGUCCUGAUUAUAGGAUUUUAACUUAACUGAAUUAACUGUUUUUGAAUAAAUGUGUUGGGUUUUUU